AUGUUAUUUCGAAAAGAUCCAUGUGGAAUUGUUUGUAUUUUAUUGACAUAUGCAAUGCUUUUGCAUUGUCUCUAUGUUAUUCUUUUUGUUCUAAUUAUACCAUUAUUUAAUGAAAGUUUAUAUGGAACAUUGAAUGCUUUGAUUAUUUGUUCUCUGAUUUUUCUUUCAAUUCUUUCACAUGUUCGUGCAGCAUAUUCGGAUCCAGGUUUUAUACCAUUACCAAAAAAAGGACUUGACUUUUCUGAUGUGACAACAAAUGUUGACACUAAUAGUUCUUUGAAGUCAAAUGAAAUAGGUUGGACAAUUUGUAAUCGAUGUGACACAUAUAGACCAGCUCGUUCACAUCAUUGCAGAAUCUGCAAACGAUGCGUUAGAAGAUUGGAUCAUCAUUGUCCAUGGAUAAACAAUUGUGUUGGUGAAUUUAAUCAAAAAUAUUUUAUUUUAUUUCUUUUCUAUAUUGGAUUAACAAGUCUUUAUGUAAUAUCAUUUGUUAUCUGGUCAUUAAUUGUUUUUCCACAGUCAUCUGAAGUUCAAGUUAUUCAUUCUAUAGUACUAUGUAUUGAAUCAUGUUUAUUUGGUAUAUUUGUUAUAACUGUAUUUGUUGAUCAAAUGCAAUCAAUAAUUAAUGAUCGUAGUUUAAUUGAUACAUUAAAAUUAAAUGAAAAUUCUCGAACAGUACAACGAAUUUUACCAUCAAAACGUAUUCUUUUUCAAAAUGUUUUUGGUUCUAGUCCAAUGAUAUUAUGGUUAUUUCCAUGUGAUUUGAAAAGUUCUAAUAAAAUUAUUAAUUCACAAGAUACAUAUUGUGUUUGA